AUGUCGUUCGCGGAUGAGCUGCGCGCCACGGCGCUCGCGCUGAGCGCGCCGGGCAAGGGAAUCCUGGCCGCGGACGAGAGCACGGGGACGAUCGGAAAGCGGCUCGCGUCGAUCGGUGUCGAAAACGCGAUUGAAAAUCGAGUCGCGCUGCGCGAAUUGCUCUUCAGCGCGCCGGGGUUCGAGAAGUACGUCAGUGGAGUGAUACUGUUCGAUGAAACGCUGCGAUCGACGGGGAAGAGCGGGACGUCGUUCGCGGAGAUGCUGCGAUCGAGAGGCGUGACGCCGGGCAUCAAAGUCGACGCGGGGACGCGAGCGCUCGACGCGUCGCCGAACGAAACCUUCACGCAAGGCUUAGAUGGGUUGGCGGAACGCUGCGAAGAAUAUUACGCCAUGGGCGCGCGAUUUGCGAAGUGGCGCGCGGUGCUGACGAUUGAUGAGGCGAAAGGAUUGCCGAGCGCGUUGGCGUUGGCGGAGAACGCGAACGCGUUGGCGAGGUACGCGAGCGCGUGUCAAUCGCGAGGUUUGGUGCCGAUCGUUGAACCCGAAAUUUUGAUGGACGGCGCGCACGGUAUCGAAGUCUGCGGGGCGGUGACGCGCAGGGUGCUGGACGCGGUGUUUUCGGCGCUGCGUUUGCACGGCGUGCAGUUGGACGGGAUGAUUUUGAAGCCAAACAUGGUGACGCCGGGGGCGAGCGCGAAGACGAGCGCGAACGUCGACGCCGAAGUCGCGCGAGCGACCGUCGCGGCGCUGUGUGACACCGUUCCGCCGUCAGUGCCGGGUAUUUUGUUCUUAUCGGGCGGACAGAGCGAAGAAGAGGCGACCGAGCGUUUGCGAUUGAUGAACACGACGCAAAAAGCCGAUCGAGCGCCGUGGACGCUCUCCUUCUCCUACGGCCGCGCGCUUCAAGCCAGCUGCUUGAAGGCGUGGGGUGGUAAGUCCGAAAACGUGAGCGCCGCCCAAGCGGCGUUCUUAGACCGAUGCAAAUCAAACUCCGAAGCGUCGAUCCGUCGCUAG